AUGAUAAGUUUAAUCUUAACUGAACACAGUCAUACUGGACAAACAUUUAAUGAUUUCUUCAUAAGAGAGUUAAAGCUAGGUGCAAGACCAAUUGCCUCUCUGGAAAUGAAGGUUGCUGUAUGCGCAGCUGAUAGUCGUCUAAUGGCUUUUAAAUCAGCAGAAGAUAGUUUACGAGUUUGGAUCAAGGGUCGAAAAUUUUCAAUUCAAGGCCUCUUGGGGAAAGAAAUUGUUUCUGAUGCUUUUGUUGAUGGAAGUUUGGUGAUAUUUCGGUUGGCACCACAGGAUUAUCAUCGUUUCCAUUUUCCAGUCUCUGGAAUCAUUGAACGAAUAGUUGAUAUACCUGGAUGCCUGUACACGGUUAAUCCCAUUGCUGUUAAUAGCAAGUAUUGUAAUGUUUUCACGGAGAACAAGCGAGUUGUGUCAAUCAUUUCUACUAAACAUUUUGGAAAGGUAGCUUUCAUUGCAAUUGGAGCAACCAUGGUUGGUAGUAUCACUUUUUUGAAAAAGGAAGGUGAUUUUGUCAAGAAAGGAGAUGAGUUUGGAUAUUUCUCUUUUGGUGGAAGUACAGUAAUUUGCGUCUUUGAAAAGGAUGCAAUAAAGAUAGAUGAGGACCUCCUAGCAAACAGUGGUAGAUCACUUGAGACUUUAGUUCGUGUUGGAAUGAGUUUGGGCGUCUCUAUGAAGGAAAUAGCUGAACUUGCUUUACCAAACUUACAGAAAAUUGUGUUAUAAAAGUUUGAUAAAACUCUACCAAUCUUAGGAAAUUGAGUUAUCAAAGUUUGAUACAACUCGUAUUAGUGUAUCACAGUUGCACUCACCCUUAUUAGGUUUG